AUGCUUGCUGACUUUUCUACGCAGUCGGAGUAUGCAUGGUUUCACAACCUGCUCGAAUCGCGCACAUACACCAAGCUCCUCGUGGAUGGUCUUGAUACCUUCUUCAAAUCACCCCUAGGCGGACUCUCUCCGAGCGAUAAUCCGGAUGCCUGCAUGCAGGUGUUUCGGUCGUGGCUGCAAUCCCCAAUCGGACUGAAUUUCGCGUCCCAGUUCACGUGGCAGAAGGAAGGUGGUCUCAAAGCAUUUCAGAUUCAGCUGGUGCCGCAGUACCAUAGCGGGUCUCAAGAACUGAGCGAAUUUAUGACCAUGUUGAGGCAUGACCUUAGCAAGUUCAAGAACGCGGAUGUGCACGCCUAUAAUAAGCUUUUCGUUUUUUACGAGUCGGACUCCGGCGUUCUUUCAAGCACUCUGUCCAACAUGGCAUGGGCUGUCCUGGCUGUCACGGUGGUGUCAUUUGCUCUACUGCCUUCUUUGUGGAGCGCCGCACUGGUGAUUUUCAUCCUAAUUCUUAUCGACGUCGCUUUAGUGGGCUUCAUGUACUAUUGGAAUCUGCCCCUGAACAUGCUGACUAUGGUCAACCUGAUUAUCUCUAUUGGAUUUUCCAUCGACUACGCUGCACACAUGUGCCAUACAUUUUCACACUGUGUGGGCUUGUCCCGGGAUAUGCGCGUUUUCGAAACGCUUGUACUCAUUGGGAACCCAAUAUUCCAUGGAGUUAUGUCGACGCAGCUGGGUGUGCUGGUUUUGGCACACACAGGCAGUCACGUUUUGGAAGUCUUUUUCAAGAUGAUGACACUUGUGUUGACACUGGCGUUUGCACACGGUGCUAUCCUGUUGCCGGUCCUUCUCAGCCUGUUUGGACCCAUAGGCCAUGAAAAGGAGCCUCUCAAUGUUGCGCUUACCAAGUUCAAGCGCGGUCUAACCAUUGAUAAAAUCUUGUCCAAAAAAUAUCCUCAAUAG